GAAAGAACAGACGCAUUUUGUGUCAAUAUACAAGUUUGAGAAACGUUCGAUCCUUCCAAACUAUUUGAGUUAUCUGGUGCCAUGAAUUUCAUUAAGUUUGCGCGGUUGAUCGCUGUAGUGUACAACACAGCUGUUUCUCGUUGUAGAACCAAGCGAAUGUCACAUCAUUGAAACUCAAAUAUUGAACGCCAGAAAAAGAUCCCUGAAAAUGAAUACUCCAGAUCUACGGUCACCGUUUGUGGAACGGGUCAUCAGUCUACUUCCUAGAGGUCAUGAAGAGGCCAUGAAACAAGCAUUUUAUAAUGUGGCUGCUAUUUUCCUUUUCAUCCUAAUGGCAGGUGCCACAAUGGCUGUUUAUUUCAUCUUGGAACCUUUUGUCAAACCCCUUUUGUGGGCCAUCCUAGUUGGCUCCGUUUUGCAUCCCGUAAAACAGAAAUCAGUGGUUGUCACCAGCAACUGGCUUUCUGAACUGAGGGAAGCUAACACUCUUCUCAUCUUUGGUUUCCUGUCAGUUCCUUUGCAAGUCAUUAAUAAGAGUGCUGAAUGGAUGGGCACCACACUAGUAAAUAAUUUGAAACCUAUACUCAUACUUACCAUCAGUUUCCCAUUAGUCCAUAUAAUCAAACAAUAUUAUUCAUUUUCUGAUUUUGUUUAUUUAUAUGAUCAUUUUUCUGGUGUUGUUCAAAACAUUUCAUUUUCAGCUGACAUUCUUCUCCAGCCAAUUGUUGCAGCAAGUUUUCUUGGAUUAGUGGGAAUGAUUAUAACUGUAAUAAGGCAUCAGAGACAUGAUGUUCCUGUUAUACUUGGCUGGAUACUAUUCUUUGUUGUUAUUGUUAUCUCUCUUGGUUCAUGGAGUAUUCUUGUAAUAGUCCCUUUAUUAGUUUUAAUAAUUAUCUCCUUUGCAAUUCAAUGGGGUUGGCUCCUUGAAGAAAGUCCUAGCACCAACAACCAAAAUCCUAACAAACCUUACGAAAAUGACGAUGUUGCCCUAAACGUCAGCACUCCAAAAUUCCAAAGCAGUUUGACUCGCUUGAUGAAAAGUCAUAUAGUCGCUUCUGCCCUUUCUUCCCUCACCACUCCAACAGCUCCGGAAGAUAAAAAAUUGAAGCCAUCUUCUAGUAACCGUUACAUAAUCCGAGCUCUAUGGGCAUGUCUUGCUGUCCAACUCUGGAGGCACAUGUGGUUGCUCCAUUUCGUUCCGUUACCCCUCGUAUACUUCAUCGUGAAAGCUUGGGGCUCUUACUUCAACAUCUGGAGUUUUUUGGAUUUUCACAGAUCGAGAAUGACUGAUUAUAUUUCACGGUGUUUCACAGAACACAUAGAUCAACUUUUCCCCAUGCCACUUCAACGCAUCUACAAGGCAAUAGUAUACUUGGAUCGAAUUCUCAUUGGCCGUAUCAUUCAACAACUAGAUGCAAUUGUGUCGGUGCUCAUAAUUUUUCUUGUGGUUGUACUAGCCAUUCUUGCGUCAGUUUUCGCUGCUGUACAGAUAUACGGUGAAAGCGUUCAUUUAUUACGGUUCGGAACUAGUUUGGCCAAUCAAACACUAAACAAUCCAGAAGCACGUCAAUGGCUUCCGCACGGCGUCGAUCAAAUGAUCGAUCUUGGGUCUGUGGUUGACAACGCUUAUUCUUAUGGAAAAACAGGAAUUACCACAUUGGUAGUGAACAGCAUAACUGAGAAAGAUCCAGCGCGGGCAGCUCAAAUCGAACGAAUAAUAUCCGAAGCACUAGAUCGUGUACAGCGGGCAUGGCUAACUCAAGGAGAAACUCCACCAAUUACGAAAUUAUUUUCAGCUUCAGCCGACAACAACUUUCAUUCAAAUGCCACAAAGCCACCGUUACUCCGACGCUUGUCUCAAGAUUUUUUAAAUGUAACCGUGUUAAUGAAUUACGGUCGAGAAAACAUAGGAUCCAUCUUUUCGAUUCUUGAUUCGAUAUGGACUGUACUAAAGGGUAAUUUGAGUCUUGUAUUCAAGUCUACCACCGCCAUCUUGUCAAUUCUGAUGGGUGGUGGAACUGCAAUUUUAAAUUUUUUCGUCAAUGGGGUCGUAUUUCUGACUGCGCUCUACUAUUUGUUGGUUGCCAGUGAUUCACAAUAUAAACCUAUAGAGAUGGUUAGUUUCUUGAGUCCAGGAGGAGGAAAUACACUAGGUACUGCAAUGGAAGAGGCUAUCAAUACUGUUUGUAUGGCUUCUCUUAAACUAGCCGCCUUUUACGGUUUGUGGACAUGGCUUAUUCAUACAAUCUUUGGCGUCAACUUUGUGGUUAUCCCAGUUGCUUUGGCGGCUCUGCUAGGAGCUGUGCCUUUCCUUGGCACUUACUGGGCUGCCCUUCCAGCGGCGUUGGACCUUUGUCUCGCCCAGAGUCGUGGAGUUGAAGCUUUGCUGCUGAUUUUUUUCCAGUUUGCUCCGACCUUGCUGAUUGACGCGUCUUUCUAUGCCGAAAUCAAAGGAGGUGGGCAUCCUUAUCUAACAGGCUUAGCCGUAGCAGGUGGCAUAUUUUGGUUAGGAUUCGAAGGAGCUAUAAUUGGGCCUCUCCUUCUCUGUGUUCUGCUUGUUGCUGUUAGCAUGUACACUGCGCUUGUUCAAACUGAAGCUCAAGCACCUUCAGUCACGGAAAGUAAUGCUCGGUGGUUCCACCGCCGUCUACUAAGGACCGACACCGUUGGUUAAUUCCUAUGAAAUAGUAUUUAAAAGAAAGAAACUUUAUUUGCCCAACUGUGGUAACUCUUCCGUCAAACUUAUUUCUCGUUCUAUAGAUAAUAAAGCGCAAUGUAAUGGACCGGUCUAAGUCGUGAAAAACCUUUACGUGAUAAACAAUUUGGUCAUGCUAUAUUUUGGUUAUGUUGUCUUUUGCGCAAUAAAUAUUGGCCCUCCCAUUC